AUGCGCUUUGAUAUCGCCUCUGGCAACUUCACUCUUCAGUAUACAGCGGAUCCAUCCGUAUCAGCACAUACAGAGAUCUUUGCAAGUCUCCAGCAUCACUACCCACGUGGGCUGGACUACUCCUUGGAGCCUUCCUCUGCAGGGAAGGUUCACCAAAAUGGCAACCUCAUAUGGAUCGAGCACUCAGCAGACCUGCAGCAAAAUAUUGAGGUGACCUUCAGGGUGUGGCAGAAGGUCAAGCGCGCUCAUUUGCAGUCGCUGCUGCUGACCGUGUAG